CAGCGUUGAGUUCGUGUAUUUGAAGGAAAUUGAUAAACUAUGUAACACGUCCUACGAAUUUUAAAGUCAUUUUUCCGAGAUUUUCAUUGAAAUUGCACAUCGCUUUAGUAAAAACUUUUUAAAAUGCGGUUAAACGCUGCUAUUUUCAGUUUUGCUGUUUUAUUCGUUGUGGUGUCUGCGAGAAUAGAUCCACAAAAUUUAAGAUGUUUAGUGUGUCAGAAGACCUUCGAAGAGCUUAAUGUGGUCAUUAAGGGCGUAGAUAAAUGGAAAAAGGUUGAAGUCGGUAACUUCAGAAUGGACGCAGAAGGUAACACAAUGCAACAGAAGGUGCCGGCUCAUCGUUCGGCUGUUUACAUAUCUGAAGUGAUCGAUGAAAUUUGCAAGAAAAUGGAUGAUUACGUACGUGUGUACUACAAGUCGACCGGGAAGCUUGCGAUUAUGCAGCUCCUCAUGCCGAGCGGUGGCAUGAACCCUGAGUUCUCGAAGACCAAGUUCGUGACGGACGAUGACCUGAACAAGAGUCUUGAGUACUACUGUGAGAGAAUGUUUGAAGAUAACGAAGAUGAAAUUACCGAUCUGUACAAGAACAGGCCCGAGGAUGACGUCAUGCCGGACGCCGAACGAGAGAUCUGCUUCAAUCACGCCAAGUACUGCGAGGAAUGGAUGUUGCCGAAUGAGGAGGACACCACCUGGACACCGGAGAUGGAAGCGGAGUAUGUUAAGGUACACGGACCAGAUCCAUAUGGUUUUGGUGGUAUGCCCCAACAGCAGAUACAACAGGAACCAGACGAUGAAGACUACGACGACGCAGACGAUGUUGAAGAUGUUCCCGCUGAGGAGGACACCCAGGAACCGUCUCCGGCCAAGGUUGAAUUGUAGAGUUAAUAUGUUUUAAACCAUGUGUGCUUGGAGUAUGUGUAUAUUUAGGUUUAAUAUUAUGUCAUGGUUUUAUUAAUAAUAAUAGUCCAAAUACUUUUCUAUUUGUUUUUAUAUAUAUA